UAAUAGUGCGGACGGAGGUAGUAGUGACAAAUAUAUACCUCCGGAGGCGCGAGUUCAUGGGGAAGUCCAAACCCUAGUUUUUAGUCUCUCCAAUCCAAUCCAAUUCCCUCAAAAUUUUUCCCGCAUUUCUCUUCCUUUCUCGCGCUUUCCAUCCUAUUUGUUUUUUCUCCGAUUGUCUCUUCAAAUUCUUCCGGUGCGAUUGGAUCUGGGUUUGUUUUUUCAAAACCAUUAAUCCGGAAGACAAACCAAAGUCAGAAUCUUUUGCAUCAAAGCUAGCUUUUUUUUUUUUCAAGAUCUCAAGAACUGUGGUACCGAAGUUUAAUUAUCAAUUAGGGCUUAGUUAUUGCUAUCGUUGAAAUUGAAAGGUCUGGGGUUGAGUUCGAGGAUUUUCAAUCUACUGUGUUUUAGGGUUUUUUUUUUCCCUCUUCUUUUUUGUUUCUGGAGAGAAGUAUCAGAGAGAAUCUGAGCUGCCAAUGCAAUUUGCUUCGAUUUCGGAAGAUUUUUCGGUGAUUUUUUAGAUACCGAAAAAUUUUGUGCUCAAUGUCUUGGGCAGGACCAGAAGAUAUCUAUCUAUCAACCUCUCUUGCAAGCUAUCUUGAUAAGAAGCUUCUUGUAUUGCUUCGAGAUGGUAGAAAGCUGUUGGGAAUACUUCGUUCAUUUGAUCAAUUUGCCAACGCUGUUCUUGAAGGUGCGUGUGAGCGAGUUAUUGUAGGUGAUAUAUAUUGUGAUAUCCCGUUAGGUCUGUACGUAAUCCGUGGGGAGAAUGUUGUCUUAAUCGGCGAGCUGGACUUGGAGAAGGAGGAACUUCCCCCACAUAUGACUCGUGUUUCAGAAGCAGAGAUAAAACGGGCACAAAAAGCAGAAAGGGAGGCUACAGACCUGAAAGGUUCGAUGAGGAAGAGGAUGGAGUUCCUUGAUAUGGACUAAUGUACAUGUUAUGUCAUCCAGUCCCGCAUUUUGAAUUGAGCUCAUGCCAUGUCAUCCGCAAAUAUUAUCACGGUUGGUUGAUGCUUGGGGAUUAAAAAAGGGAUGGAUGGUUGUUUUGCUUUUUUUCCUCUCUCUCUCUCUCAACAUACACAACUUUCUGUAACAUUUUAUUUCACAAGGUUGAUAUGAGGGUAUUAUUUGCUUGAUGUUUCAAAUUCGUCAGAGCUUCUCCUCACCUUAGUGACAUCUCAGAGGGAUUGGCAUUGGCUCAAGAUAAUUGUUAGGGGAUCUUUGGUUCACAUAACAUUGUGUGUAUCCAAGAUCUUUAGUGUCGUCUUUCGUUUCCAGUGGACUGUGGUUUCUACAUUGAUGGCCACUGGUGAGGUGUGGUUUGGCAUUUUAAUCCAUUUAAAAUAACAUCUUAGUCCAUGUUUAUUAAUUUGUACAUUGUUUUAGCA